AUUACGCGGUGACUGUUGUUGAGAACGUUUUACUUAACGAAUUAAAUAAUGGCUAAUCCGGCUUAAACAUUGAAUACGUUCGCCAAAGAAACGAAUGAAGAUUGAAAUUUUUAAAAAAAAAAAAAAAAAAAUUAUUGCUAUUCAAUAAUACUGAUUACAGAGAUGAUUUCGUAAAUCAAGUAUAAAAGACAUCAUGAAACUCAGCGUUACUUCGUUUCGAGCUCACUCAUCAGCUCAGAAAAAAAUAAUAAAAUAUCAAAAUCAGCUCAACUACGUCACAACACAUUGUCCUGUAGUACCAAGUAUAAAUUCGCAAUCUCCAACGUUUAACGUCAGACAAAUGAUGGUCGACAGUACGGGAAUGAGAACGGAUAAUAUAAAACCAGGAACGCCCAUUACGUCUGAAACGUCCAGCUCAAAAAAUGCCAAUGAUAAUUCCAACAGCAAUGUCAAAAACAGUUCAACAACUAUUGAAAAGAUUGUACCAUCCAGAAGCAGGAGCAAUCAGAGAUGGAUGAAACUCAGGACAACCGUGCAGUUGUCUAGUGCUAUAUCCUCGACGAUAAAGACAUCAAAACCAACGUUGCAGAGGGAGGACUCAUUCAUCAAACGGUUUUCCACACGGCAAGUGGCUGAAAAACAGGAGACGUUGGACACCGGCGAUGACGGAGAAUGUAGUUCCGGCUCGCAGGACAACAUCGAAUACGUUCGCCGGAAACGCCGGUUACGCCGAAAGCAGAACAAACUCCCGUGGUCCGUGGUCAAUCCAGACGAGAAUUUCUACUUCAACUGGCUAAUGGUGUUAACAGGCUGCACGCUGUACAACCUGUGGACGGCCAUUGUCCGACAAAGUUUGCCAGAGUUGCAGAGCAUAGCUUCUCCAUGGUGGUCGACCAUGGACGCAUUCAGUGACAUCGUGUUUCUGUUGGAUGUGGCCGUCCAGUUCCGCACCGGUUAUCUUGAACAAGGCCUGAUGGUAUACAAUACCAGCAAAUUGGCCGGUCAUUAUAUCCGGUCCCGAUCGUUCCUGUUCGAUCUCAUAGCACUCACGCCACUGGAUCUGAUACAGUUAAAAAUAGGCGUGCACCCCAUACUCCGAUUCCCUAGAUUCAUCAAGGUAUAUAGGGUGUACGACUAUUACUACAUGGUGGAAUCGAGGACGGUGUACCCAAACUUAUGGAGAGUGAUCAAUCUAAUUCACAUUUUAUUGAUACUGGCACAUUGGUUCGGUUGUUUUUAUUAUCUAUUAUCCGAAGCGGAAGGAUUUAAAGGCGAUUGGGUGUACCCGUACAAGCCGGGUGAUUACGCAACGUUGACUAGAAAAUACUUGGGAUCGUUGUAUUGGUCAACGUUGACGCUGACUACGAUCGGUGAUCUACCUACGCCAGAAACCAAUGCCGAGUACGUUUUCACCAUAGUCAGCUACUUAAUUGGAGUCUUUAUAUUCGCCACUAUCGUUGGGCAGGUGGGCAACGUGAUAACGAACAGAAAUGCAAACCGAUUAGAGUUUGAACGGCUGUUGGAUGGUGCCAAGCUAUACAUGCGACAUCACAAGGUGCCGAGCGGUAUGAAAAAAAGAGUGCUAAGAUGGUACGACUACUCAUGGUCCAGGGGACGUAUUCAAGGAGGUGGCGAUAUAAAUACGGCGCUGGGUCUUCUUCCAGACAAAUUGAAAACCGAACUGGCGUUGCACGUCAAUCUGGCGGUUUUGAAAAAAGUUACAAUAUUUCAAGAAUGCCAACCAGAAUUCUUACACGAUUUAGUUCUCAAAAUGAAAGCUUACAUAUUUACACCUGGGGAUUUAAUAUGUCGGAAAGGAGAAGUGGCCAGAGAGAUGUUCAUCAUAGCAGACGGAAUUUUAGAAGUUAUUAGUAGUGAAACUGGGCAUGUUUUGACAAUAAUGAAAGCUGGCGAUUUCUUUGGAGAAAUAGGAAUCCUCAACUUGGACGGUUUCAAUAAGAGAACUGCUGAUGUUCGGUCAGUUGGAUAUUCAGAGUUAUUCAGUUUAUCUCGUGAAGACGUUCUUGCCGCUAUGAAAGACUAUCCCGAAGCACAAGAUAUUCUUCAAACACUAGGCAGAAAGCGUCUUAUGGAAGCAAGGAACGCAAAUAAGAUUGUUGCAGAUCGGAUAAAAUCUCGAGCUGAAGCUGCAGAAAACUGUAGUGGAAUCGUAGAAAAAAUUCGUUGUGAUGUCAAAGGACUUCGAAAUGCAUUUUCAAAAGGUCGACGUGGCACUAGAGCUGUAGUCGAAGAAAGCAUGGAGUUACAACCAUUAACCAGUAGUGGUCGAAAAUCAGAAAAUACCAGCAGUAAAAGUAUUUUAAGAAGAAUGCCCCGAGUAUGGAGCGAUGAAUUAGCUUCAGGGACUGAUCACAGUGAUGAAGACCCGAGGCCGAUAUCACCGGGUAUUCCAAUACUAAAUAAAGCAAAAUCAGAUAAAGAACCUAAGGUUAAUGAAUCUAAAAAGUGCUUACUGUCGCCACCGCCUAAUAUGUCAGAAACAGCUCGCAAAGAAUCGACAAAUCAAGAAGUAAUCGGUGCUGGACUUCCAUUAUUACAGAGGCUAUUGAUUCUUAAACAGAAAACCGACCAAGAAGCGGUGACGCAAAAUAAACCGAAAAAAGUCGAUCUAGAAGUGACUGAAAGUACACCUAAGAUAAAAUCAAACGUGAAAUUAAAAACUCCUAAAAAAGAAAACGCGAAAAGCAUAAGCCUAAAGCAACGACUAUCAGAGGUACACACUAGACAGCGAAAGCCGACGACAAAUACAAAAUUAUGGACGCUUUUGAAAAAAGCUACGGUGCUUACUCCAAAAGCCAAGUUACAAGACUUAAAAGCCGAUAGUGAAAUCCCACGCGACACACCGUCUCUUCAAUCAAACUUGAAAUCGAUCGCCGAUGUUUCACAUAUAAAUAGCAGUGGUUGCGAAAACAAGUUUAUUGUAAUGUGCCAAAAAUUAGAUGACCAAUAUAAGCAGGGCUCAUUGAUUGCUCAAAACAUAUCGGCUCACAAUAGUUUAACUAAUAAAUGUACUGAAAAUAAUAUUAAUAAGGAAAAAUGUGAUAUUAGAAUAGUACAUAGGCCAAAAGUGUUGAAUUUAAACGGCAUGAAAAGAUGUUAUAAUUCGAUCAACGAUCUAUCGCCGGAGUAUUCCGGUUUGUCAUUCGUUAAGAAAUUGAAAAUACUUAACGAACGACAAAAGCUGGCCGAACUGGAAGAGAAAGCAUUUUUGAGAAGUUCCAGCCUGGAUUCAUCUGGAUGCAAGACUUUGGACGUUUCGCGUGCUAAUCAGUUAACACGGAGUCACUCGGAAGCGGUUGCCUUAGAGGUGGUACUGAGAAACCAGAAUACGCGCAAACAGGAAUCAUUGAGCUGCAGUACUUCACUACCAGAUGAGUGUAACGAAACGGCUGAGCGAAUACGACUUAAGAAUAUACUUAAGAAACUAUCAUCAAAUUGUUUCGGUAACGAAAAAGUGAACCAGUUGAUGGAUUCACAGACCAUAGAAGGAUACGCUGCCAGACAUUCAAAAAUGACUAGAAACGUUACGUUCAAUCAACGUCGCACAAUAGAAUCAUCGCCAGAUUCUUGUACCUCCUUAUUUACGUUUCCCGACAGCAUAACUUCGCAGUGUAAAAACCCUAAUCUUAUACCAAUAGAUUUGUCUCAUAAGACUGACUUGCUAGAGUCUUCCCAAAAUACUUCAAAGCAUACAAAACUGUCCAAACGAAUGUCUAAAAACACUGUACAGUGCACGUCGAGUUGGCCAGAUAUUCGACAAAACUGUUACGACGAAAUAUUAAAUGGUGUGAAAACAAUUGUAGAGAAAUGUCUAAAUGAUAUUGAAGGAAAAUAUCGUAAUAAAAUAGAUGAACUCGAAACCGAAAUUAACAAACGAGAUUAUACAAUAAGCACACUUUGUGAACAAUUCAAUCAGAAACUUUGUGAUCAACCUAUCGACGAAGGUAAAUUAGGAUCAUUACUUGAUAAUUAUUCAAAAAAUAUAGAAGAAGACGAAGAAAAUCCAUUUAUUAGAAAUGAUUCUGUAGAUACAGUCAUGUGUCCAAAACUAUCUUCGUUCAACAGCUUAUCACCAUUCAGAGUGGAUGACCCGAGGUAUAACAACUCAAAUUCUCACAGCCUAGCGUUAUUAUCUAGUAAAUCUUGGGAAGACCGAUCAGAAGAAGAGAACAUGGAACUUCGAGACUUGCCAAAGUCGAUUAUUCCAGAACCAUCAUGGCAACACGACGAGACUAGAAUUGAUAUGAAUUUUACAGACGACGAAGAAGAGGAGUUUCCACCCAGAUGGGAAAACUGGGAAGCAGAAAUGUUGGUGGGACACACUAGUCACAGCGAUCUCCACGCUGGCCCAGAACUUUUGAGCCGAAGGUCUUUAGACGAAAAUAGUAUGAUGAUACACAGAGGACUUCAGGGACGGAGAAGGUGUUUGUCAAUAGAUAACGUACCGUUUUCCAAUUCAAUAUUAAGAAAUUUUGGACAGUACGUCCGUUUGGGGGGCAGUUCGUCACAAAUGCCUUCACCCGACAUACUUCCAACUAUAUCUAAGAGUUGUUUUUCGUUGGUAUCGCAACCCGAAAAUUAGAUUAAAAUUUAACUGAUUAUUAUUAUUACUAUUAGAUUCUAUUAUUAAUAAUAUUGUUGUUAUUAUUGUUGUUACUGUUAUUGUUGUUGUUAUUGUUGUUGUUUUUGGUUACACAAAAUUUUACAAAAACAGGAUAGUUGCAUGGUCUUAUCAUGACUUUAUUAUAAUUGUUCAUACCUCAAUAUUUUAGUAACAAACGAAUUUAUUUUUAAGUUUUUUGAACAUAAUGUUAUAAUUUCAAGUUUGCCAUUCUAGUAUUGUGCCAGGUAUCAUAAAAAUUUGCCAUCAAAUAUGUUAAAAAUAGGGACCAAUAAAAGUUUAGUUUUAGACGGAUUUCCACAGAAAUUGACACAGAAAUGCAUAAUUUUCUACCGAUGUCUGAUACCACAAUGUACUUAGUAGUAGGUAAAUAUAUGUUUAUUUUAAUAGAUUUUUUUUUUAAUUUGUUUAAGUUUUAGACAAGUUAUAUUUUUACGUAAACCAUGAAAUAAUUGGCUUGGUAGGUAUUGGCAAUAAAUAUUAUUACACCAUUUAAAAAAUAUAUAUUUCGGAUUCAUAGGUAUAUAAAUAGGUAAUCAAGUUUCAUAAUGUGAAGAGUUAUAGAGUAAUCUUAAAUAAUAUUUUGAAAUGUGAACUAAUUCAAACAAAUUAUUUUACAUUCUGUGCUUAUUUUAUUAUCAAGGUUAGGUUAUACAUGAAACGUACAAACAUUUCAUUUCAAAAUAAACUGUGUAUCUUACAUACGUAUUCCGUAUAUUAGUUGAAAAUUUUGAUUCAUAGUAUAAAAAAACCCAGACUGCUUAAAAAAUCUUUGAUCUGUUAGGAUUAUGUUUUAUCCCACACGAAACACUCAUUUAUUAAAUUUUUAUAUUUAUUUUGACUUUCAAUUAAAAUGGAGUGAUUGGAUUUUAAAACACAACACAAUUAUUUUUUUUUAUUUUUUUUUUUUUGCUAAAUUAUUUGAUAUUCAUGAACAAGUUCAUAUGAAAAAAUAUACGAUAUUACUAUGCAACUACUCUAAUCCUAUUAUAUAUUGCAUUGCGCUUGAGGCUUGACCUAAUGUUUGUUAUUAUGAACGAACAUUAAUAAUAUCCGUAUGCAUUGAUAAUUUUCCUCGUAAAAUAAUUCAUUUUUGGUCACAACAACAAAAAAUCCAAAUAUUUUAUAUUUGUAUUCGUGAUAUAAAACGAAAACAGUUAUUAAAGCGAUGGUCAAAUUAGAAUAGUCAACUGUCGCUAAAACAAACGUCCACGUAUCGAUAACUCCAAUGUAUAUUGAUAUUUAAUAUUUUUUCCACACCUAACCACGUAAAUUUAACAAAAUUUUUCUCUCCGACAUUACUUAUUGUAUUUUUAGAAUAUUAUCUGUAAUAAAUUAACUUAGACUAACUUAAUUAUGGUCGUAAUUGUACAAUUGUUUUUUUUUUA